UGACUCCAACACUGCUCUCAAUAUAUAUAUAUAUAUAUAUAUAUAAACCAUCGAUUCGACCACUUAGGUCUUAGGGCACGCUCCGUCGCAGCUCCUUUGGACUGUUCGCUGUCAAAGAACCCUGUACUUGGAUUCUGAUCAGAUCGUCCCCUCCACCUGUUCAGGUGUAGAUAUGUCAACUGUGAAUAUGUCAACCGUUAGAGUCCCAAUGUCUUUCUUGUUCAAGAGUGCACCUGCGAGCAGAUCCUGUGCCUUAAUUAAGAGACCAUCUUCCUUUGGCUCUGUAAAAUGCGUCUCCAAAAUGUUUGGCUUGAAGUCUUCUCCCUUCAAAGUAUCUGCAAUUGCAGUGUACAAAGUGAAACUGAUCGGACCAGAUGGUGAAGAGAAUGAGUUUGAUGCUCCUGAUGAUUGUUACAUCCUUGAUUCAGCUGAAAAUGCUGGACUGGAGUUGCCUUACUCGUGCAGGGCUGGGGCAUGCUCUACUUGUGCCGGGCAUAUGGUUUCAGGAUUGGUGGACCAAUCAGAUGGAUCAUUUCUGGACGAGAAGCAGAUGGAGAAGGGGUAUGUGCUGACUUGUGUUGCAUACCCGACUGCAGACUGUGUGAUACACACCCAUAAGGAAGGUGAUCUUUACUGAGAGUAAUGUGAUGUGCCUUGCCUGUUGAUUUUACCUGAGUGGGAAGAUAUUAUGGAUCUUUGCAAGGCUAGAAUUGUAUUUGUGAGCCAGAUGGUGGUGUGGCUAUUUAGUUUAUGUGCUGCUAUUUUUCGUAAUAUAUGGAUUAUUGCAGUUUAAUGACAAGCACUCAGUAGUUUUGAAGAA